AUGUCAUUCGGGAGACCAGGCGGAUUCGCAGACACAUUUAAAGUCACUCCCCCUCAGCGAGGCUCCUUUCCUCUUGAUCAUGAUGGCGACUGCAAGGCGUUCAUGAUAGAGCAUCUGAAAUGCCUGAAAGAAUUCAAAGGGGAUAAUGGCAAGUGUCGAUUCGAAGCAAGGCGGUAUCUGGAAUGCAGGAUGGAUCAUGAUCUGAUGGAUCGAGACGACAUGCAGAAUCUGGGGCUGGGCAAUGCCACCGAGUCCCAGACGUCAAAGGCGGCGCAGGUCAAACCCCAGGCGGCAGACGUGCGCAAUGGCGAUGUCAAGGCUCAGCCGACAACAGUACAAGAACGCAUAUGA